AUGGUUCUAACUUAUCACUGGAGCUUAGCUAUAAAUAAACUAUAAAAAAUAUUCACUUUGAGAUGCAAAAUGCCCUUAUAAAUAUUAAAAAAUGAUGAACAAUAAAUGAAAUAAUCUAGAUCUGAGUAAAAUAGUUAGAUCUUUGUAAACAAAUUAAAUAAGCAUGUUCGAUAUUUAUCGUUAUAACCAGAAAUAGAAAGUGAAUCAUAAUAAGAAAAUUAUCAGAGUUAGGAGCAAAUAGAAGACAUAGAAACACCUUAAAAGAGUACUCCUUCUUAGAAUAAUCUUCUUAAAUUGAACAUAGCAAAAAUUUCGAAUCAAUAGGGAGAUGUAAAGGAAUCUGCUCAUUUUCGGUCAUAGAAUAGUUUAGAUCAAUUAAGGUUCAAUGAGGAAUUUUUAGAAUUAUUUAAAAAGCAGAGAGAGUUGACUCAAUUUGGAUAGCUAUCUUAAAGUAAAAUCAAAGAAUAAGAAAUACUAAUAAAGAAAAUAAUAGAUAGUAGGCCAAGUAAACCACAUCCAGAUUUAAAAACAUUUCUUUCUCUUCUGAAAAAGCCAUAGAUUGAAGUUCAGCAAGCUAAAAUUAUAUAAUAAAAUUAAUAGCCUGUAUAUCUGAUUCUUAUUAUUCUCUUCAUUAGCUUGAUUAGUAUUUAUAUAAUUGUUUGA